AUGAAAGGAGUUCAGAAGCCUCCUCUUUUUCUUCUUCUCCUUCAUAUUUCCUUGCUUUUCUUGCUUCCAUUGAACGCCGCCUCAUCACCAAGAGCACAGGCAGAAGCUCUCAUAAGCUGGAAGAACGACUUUGCUUCUUCACCACCUUCUCUCAAUUCCUGGUCCCUCACAAACCUCAACAACCUUUGCAAUUGGACUGCCAUUGUCUGUGACCACAACACCAAAACAAUUUCCCAAGUUGACCUCUCCAACUUCAACAUCACUGCAACACUAACCCAUUUCCACUUCACCCCAUUUCUCAAUCUCACCCAAUUCAACCUCAAUGGCAACAAUUUCACAGGUCCUAUACCAUCCGCCAUAGGCAUGUUGACUGAGCUUCAGUAUUUGAGUUUCUUCAACAACAAUCUCACUGGUGUAAUUCCCUCUCAGCUGAGCAAUCUCCAAAAGGUACAGUUUUUUAUUCUUGGGGCAAACUACUUAGAAACUCCUGACUGGUCUGAAUUUUCAGGCAUGCCUUCGUUGACUUACCUUGAUCUUUCUGCAAACCGUUUCUCUUCAGAAUUUCCAAAAUUUAUAUCUGAAUGCCGGAACUUGACAUUCCUUGACUUGUCUACAAAUUUUUUUACCGGGCAAAUACCAGCUCAGAUAUUUACCAAUCUAGGCAAGCUUGAAUAUCUCAAUCUCACCAACAACCAAUUCCAAGGACCACUGCCAUCAAACUUCCCCAAGCUUAAACACCUUCAUUUAGCACAAAACAACUUCGGUGGUGCUAUUCCUGAAGAUAUUGGCAAAUUGACUCGGCUUGAGGUUCUUGAUUUGUCAAAUAACAAUUUGACAGGAGAAAUACCACCUGAGCUUGGCACAUUUGACAAAUUAACAGGCAUAGCUUAUUUUUACCACUUGGAUCUCAGCAGCAAUUCACUCUCGGGCGCAAUACCUUCAAGCUUGGGAAAGCUCACAAGCUUAAAGGUUUUCAAUGUCUCACACAACCAUUUAUCAGGGGAUAUUCCAUCGGCAUUUUUCAAAAUUCUUAAUCUAGAUAGCUAUGACUUUUCUUACAACAACUUGACAGGGCCAAUCCCAAUUUGGUGCCAUUUCGAAAAUGCACCAGCUAAUGCCUUCGCUGGAAACUCUGGUAUGUUUGGAAAUCUGCAUGGACCAACUGAAUGCAAUCCCUCUAGCAGACUUUCCAAAAAGAAAAAAUUUCUAAUUGGUGUACUUUUACCUGUUUGUGGUUUAUCAUUUGUUGCAAUUACAAUUGCUAUGAUUCUUAUGUUGCGUAAGAAUCCCAAGCUCUUUAUAGAGGAAAUCAAAAUUUCUCAUAACUUUGAGACUUUUGAGUCAAUGAUACUGCAAGAAAAAGUAAAAUUUACGUUUGGAGAAGUUGUGAAGGCUAUAGAGGAUUUUCAUGACAAGUAUUGCAUCGGAAAAGGAGGAUUUGGAAAGGUAUACAAGGCUGAGUUACCAUCAAGCCAAGUUGUUGCAGUUAAAAGGCUUAACAUGUGCGACUCUAAUGACAUUCCAGCAAUCAAUCUCCGAAGUUUCGAGAAUGAAAUCCGAACGUUGACAAAUCUCCGGCACCGGAACAUCAUAAGGCUAUAUGGGUUCUGUUCAAGGAGGGGCUGCGUCUUCUUGCUCUAUGAAUAUUUAGAGAGAGGCAGCCUGGGAAAAGCAUUGUAUGGAAUUGAAGGGGUAACUGAACUUGGUUGGGCUACGAGGCUCAAAAUUGUGCAAGGACUAGCUUAUGCACUCUCUUACUUGCACCAUGACUGCUCUCCACCAAUAGUGCACCGAGAUGUAACUGUCAACAAUGUCUUGCUCGAUUCAGAUUUCGAACCCCGACUUUCAGAUUUUGGAACAGCAAGACUGAUUAGUGUCAAUUCAUCCAACUGCACCCAUAUUGUUGGCUCAUUUGGCUACAUGGCACCAGAGCUUGCAUUCACUAUGAGGGUAACCAAUAAGUGUGAUGUAUAUAGCUUUGGAGUGGUGGCACUGGAAGUUAUGAUGGGGAGGCACCCAGGGGAUAUGCUAGAAUCCCAGCUAUUAGAAUCAUCAAAAUCAAUGAAGGACAAUGCAGAAUUUCUUUUGAAAGAUUUGUUGGACCAAAAGCUGGAGCCUCCAAGCGAUGAAUUGGCAAAGGCAGUGGUGCUUGUGAUGAGUUUAGCCUUGGCUUGUAUAUGUACGCGUCCCGGGUCUCGACCUACAAUGCUUUAUGUGGCACAAAAGCUAUCAGCUUAG